CACGUGACAUCAUCGGUUCAAAUAUCCUCGCCGGGGACUGUGCGUGCAAAGGAACAAAACGUUAGGGAGUGGAAUGCAAAUUUACCUUAUUUUUGGUCCUCGCUAUAAUAAAGAGAAAACGAAGUGGUGCCCGUCGGCCGUCGGGAAUUCCGAAGGCAACCUGAACAGUAAACGAAGCGAAGAGCAAAGUUUCGGCGGCGAUUCUGCAAACGAAAAGAUAUACGAAAUGGACGCCACCGAAUCUCCUCUGUCAACAUCUCCUUCGCCGUCGUCUUCCUUCAGUCCACAGCGCCAUUUCUACCUUGCUGUUGACAGACUCCAAUUUAAGAUGGAAACUCUAGUGGAUCUCUUAGGCAUGGCUGGGCGGCGUCCUUGCCUUCCAAUGGUUGUUUGUUGCAGCACUCGUGAUGAACUCGAUGCCGUCUGCUCCUAUGUCUCAAAUCUGUCGUCUUAUAUUUCCGUUUCGUCGCUUUAUAGUGACCUUUCUGAAGCAGAUAGGGCGCGUGUACUGGAUAAUUUUAGGCAGGCAACUGUGAGAUGGAAUAGGUUGGGGAGAGAGGAAGAAGCUGAUAUGGAGGUGGAAAAGGAAGAGGAGAACAAAUCACAAUUGAUUGUUGUGACGGAUGCCUGCCUUCCUCUUCUUGCCUCCUCGGAGUUGCCUGUUUCUGCUCGUAUUUUGAUCAAUUAUGAACUGCCAAACAAGAAGGAGACAUAUAUGAGGCGCAUGGCUGCUUGUCUCUCAGCAGAUGGGAUAGUGAUUAGCAUGGUUGUUGGUGGGGAAGUGGUUAUUCUUAAAAGUCUUGAAGAAAGCAGUGGUCUGUUCAUAGCUGAAAUGCCUAUACACAUUUUUGAGAUGAUUUGAAAAUAUCAACCCUCUUGGAUGCCAGAAAAUAUGUAAGCAAUUAUGGAAGUAUCUCAAAAUAGUCAAAGAACUGCUGGAUUAUUUUGAAAUGUGAUGAAGUGUCAAGCACUCGAACAUGGCCUUUUCUCAUGGUAGCCUUCGUUUGAUAUCUGCUAGCAAAAAGUAGGUUAGCCCUUUCUUGACGAAAUAAAUGGGAAAAAAAAAAUCUUUUUCGACGGUGAAAUUUUCCAUGGAUCUAUCAAGGCUGUCUAUUUAGAGUAGAACAGAGUCAAACAAUACCGUCUUAAUUUGUUAAAUGGUUCAUUGUAUCUUAUUCUACAUGUUCAAAUUAGAAAACUUCAGCAUCUUUUCGAAUUCGGUAUGAAAUUGACGAGUCAGAAGCUUUAGUUUUCAUGUUAGAGACACCACAUGUGAAGUUUUGUCCCUGUUUUGCCCGUUUCGAGCAAUUAAACUGGAGAGGUAGGCAUAUAAGAAAGCAAGAUCUUGUCCGGCUUUACGGAAGUAAGACAGAAAAAUAGGAAUAAUGAGAUAUGGUCCCCUAUAUUUUGUUUACGAUCAUAUAUUGGUCAAUAAUGUUUGUAUUAUUUCUGUUGCACAUCGGUUUCCAUUAAGGUAAUGAUACGUAACUUUCGGUGG